CCUCCACCUUCCUUCCAUACAAAUCUUCAGAGAAAGAGAGAGAGGGAAAGAGAGAGAUUAGUGUGUGUUUGUGCGUGUAUAUUUGUAUGAGAUUUCCAUUUCUUGUUCAAUUUGGAGUCAAACAUUGAGCUUUUGAGGUGGUUUUAUAGAAUGGAAUUGCCGACAAAACCUGCCAAUUGCAACGUAUCUUCUAUUUCGUCAAUCGUUCGGCAAUGACAGUAUGGGUAAGACUUCGAGGUGGUUCCGUGCAGUUUUUGGAGUUAGCAAGUCCAAGGAUAAGAAGGAUCGGUCCAAUUGCAGAUCCUCUGACGGGAAUGACGAAGAUUUGUAUCGGAUUCCGUAUCCAGAACCAAUGGACGCCAACAAGCACGCCAUAGCGGUGGCAGCGGCCACGGCGGCUGUUGCGGAGGCUGCUCUCGCGGCGGCGCAGGCUGCGGCUGAGGUCGUGAGGCUCACGAGUGGAGGCGGCGGCGGCGGCGGUGGUAGUGGAGUAGGGAAUCGAUUGGCGGCGAUUGCGCAUGCCAGAGGUUUUGACCGUAGGAGAGAAUGGGCUGCUAUCAAGAUUCAAUCCGCAUUUCGAACUUAUCUGGCCAGGAGAGCUCUUAGGGCACUAAAAGGAUUGGUUAAGCUGCAAGCAUUGGUUAGAGGUCACAUUGUAAGAAAGCAAAGUGCAGACAUGCUUCGGCGCAUGCAAGCCAUGGCUCGAAUUCAGGCCUUAGCCUGUGCAAAUAGGGCUCAGGUGACGUCGCACUACACGCAUCCUCCCAUCAACAAGGGUUCUUACCGUUCCCAAAAGCCUAGAAGUCAAUCAAAAGCAAACAUGAAGGACAUGACUGACUCAGAAAGAACAAAUUUAAGUUCAAAUUGGUUGGACCGAUGGAUGCAAGAGUGUACAUGGAACAAAAACAGAGACGUCUCGUCUCUAACCGGUCGAACCGAGGAGGAGAAGAGCGACAAGAUCCUUGAAGUGGACACUUGGAGACCUCACUUGAACAACAACGGCACUAGAACCUUCCAAGCUCCACAAGAAACGAGUCAAUGGAAUUACCACUCUUCAUCUAGACACUAUCAGAAGACAAACUCCAUUAAACUUCCAAAUGAAAAGGAUGAAGCAGCAGCAGCUGGGGGACUGGUUUCCGAGAGCCCAGAACCGUAUUCAGCUUCAUCUAGACCGGGCAGCAGUGGGAGUCGAAAAGGCGGGCCAUUUACUCCGGCAAGAAGUGAAUGUUCGAGAAGUGUGUUUAGCGAGUACUGCAUGGUCCACCCGAAUUACAUGUCGUACACAGAAUCCUCGCGUGCAAAAGUGAGAUCCCAGAGUGCUCCGAGGCAAAGAAGCAGCCAAUUUGAAAAACCGAGUCCAGGGAAGAGGUAUGUUGUUCAGAAUCAGAAUCAGGGUUACUGGGAGACAGACUCUGUUUCGGAGAAAGAGUCCUCUCUACAAGAGAAUUUCAGUAGCAGAGCUUAUCCGGGAUCAGGCAGAUUGGAGAACAGGCUUGAGAUGAUGUCAUACGAAGCAAACAACAAAACAGCUAGCGCUGCUUCUGCUGCUGCAACAAUAAUCAGGAAUGGUUCUGGAUAUGGCUAUGGCAAUGGCUAUGGUUAUGACUAUGGGAGCCGGAAUUGAUGGAGUUGAGUUUCGCCGUCCUCAUCUUGGUUGUGUGUGGAUUCAGUGUUGUGUGAAUACGAUCAGUUAUUAUAGUAUUAGUUCGAGUCUUUUCGAAUGAAUGCUGACUUUGUUGCUUUUGGUUUUUGUUUUGCCGUGCUUUGUUUUUCCGUGCUUUGUUUUGUGUGUAUAAAUAUAACCAGUAGUACUGUUGAAGUGUUAUGGUUUGAUUUUUGUUUAAUAAAAUUAAAAUAAGUCUGGCUUGCUUGC